AAAACUCGAAAAAUACCAAGGCAUACAGAAAAAAAUCUCAAAGUAUGGCAAGGAAGUUAUUGACUUGUGGCAAAACGUAGGAAGAAGUUGAAAUAUUUUUGGGCAAAUAAACAAGUCGAAGUGGUAACAAGGAAACCAGAGGAACAAAAAAACAAGAAGUUAAGGAUACCAAAGGAAUUUCCACGUUGCUAAAAAUUAUUGCGCCUAGCAUUUAGUCUUAUUUAAGGCUUCCAACAUAGUAAAGUUAUGAUUACGGGUUCGGAAGGCCGACAAAAUCACACACUACUGGAUUUAAAGAAACAACAAUGGGCCAAAGAAAAAGAGGAAAUUGCCAAACUGGAUGAAAUGUUUUCUUCCGUCCACUCAUCAUCAUCCACGCAUCAUCAUCACCAAAAAAUAGAACGCACUUCCAUACGCACAUUUUAUUCCAAUCUGGAUUUGAGCCAAACAACGAGGAAAAAUUCUCGACAACAUUUAUAUCAACAACAGCAGCACCAACAACAACAAAAUCAUCAUCAAUCACACUCCCAGCUAUCACCGAACUCAGAUUUACUCUCACCACCCAUAGACCCAGAAAAUAUGCAUGCCUUGGUGCCGCGCAGCCAAGCACUCAAACCCAAGGCAAGAGGCCAAAAUUUCGAUUACAUGAACAACUACAUUGGUGAUGAUGAGGAUAUGGGUAACGAAGCCGAUUUCGAGGAUAUAGGUGAGGCCUAUAUACCCCUACGAAGAGGUAGCCAAUAUCAGCACAACAAUGGACGUCCUGUGCUGUUGAAUCAACGCCACAACAGUACCAGUCAAAUGUCUCAAAUUCCGGGUCAGCGCAAAUAUGCCUAUGUCGAGUUGAUGCCCAGUACCCUACAAACUGCCAAGGGUCGCAUGCAGACCCAGCAACGCAUAAGGAGUCCCAGCCUGCCGGUAAUACGUCAUCGUGACUAUGUGGCCUAUCAGCAGGCCAAUAAACCCACGGGGAAGCCGUCAAAUACCAAUACACAACUGGUAAGUGUUGAUUGCGGAGGGGUUGGGGGUGGUGGUGUGGUUAGUAACCAGCAGCAACACCAUACCAUCACACAAUCCCAACAGCAACAACUUCGGCUAAACAAAACCAACAAACAAAGCCAACAACAAUUUCCUCAGCAACACCAUCAACAAUUUCCGCCACCCCCACCCGGGCUUGGUUGCCAAGAGGAAGAUACCUCAGGGUAUUUAAGUGAUUCCCCGAAAAAUAUCCAUACACCCAAUAUUUGGUUCAACGAUGGAGCGAGUCAAGUGGAGAGUAUAACCAGUGCAGCCGACAGUAGUAGCCUUCUGCAAGGCCAUACAGCCAAUUCGGAUAUGGAAUACGUGACAACACGCAGGGGUAAGAGAUCGAUAACAACAAAUCAACAGCAGCAACAACAUUAUAUACAACAGCAGCAGCAACAACAACAUCACUACCAACAGCAAAGCCAACAACAACACCAACAACAGCAACUGUUAUUAAUGAAGGCUGCCAAAGGUCAACAAACGCAAAAUGAGGAACACAUAUUGAACAAAACAUAUAUUGUGAAACGUCGAGGCUCGCAACACCAGCAGCAGCAACAACAACAACAUGUUGUGGAAUAUGAUGACGAUGGCUUGGGUGUCGAGGCAGUAAAUAACCCACCAGGAAAGCCCUACCAAGGAGGUUACUACGUCACCGCUGGUUCCCCGGUCAGCCUUCAGAGCCGCGAUAUAUCUACAUCGAACACCUAUGAAGUCCAUCACACCGACGAAUCGGAAAUCUAUCAGCACCACUCACAGGAAGAACGAGAACGCGCCAAAUGGAACUACAAUCAGCAGUCACAGGAUAUGCAGGCAAAACAACAAUUUGGUCCCGGCUGGCUAAGUCGUGGCCUGCACGAGCUGAAGGACAGUGAAGAUGAUACCCAAUCUGUGCUCUCAUCCUCCUGCUAUCUGCGGGGACAAAAUGCUCCCAUCGAACCACAUGUAAUGGCAGAACGUUUGGAUAAAAAACGCAAGGCGGCCGAGUAUCAUGAAGCCAUAAAACAACAGCUCUUGGAGCGGGAGAGUCAACGUCGCUGGGAAAUGGAGAAACAUCGUCAAGAGGAACAGCAAGAGGAGGAGAGGGUACGCAAGCAGAAACAAAUGGAACAGGAACGUUUGGAAAUGGAACGACGUCAACAGCUCGAAAGGGAGGAGGCUCAGAGGCGUAAGCAGGAGGCCAUGCUGGAGGCCAUUGCCAAGGCGGAGAUGGCGGCAAAAAUGGAGAAGCAAAAGAAGAGAAAUAAGCUGAGGGAGAGUAAAGAGAACAUUGAAGAAUCUAAGGAGGAGGAUUUGCUGAGGGAUUCUGGAAGAAAUCAUCAGGUUGCUGAAAUCGUGAAAAAGGAACAGAAAAUUGUGGAUGUUUUGAAUGUUGAGAUGGGCGAGCAAAAGGAAGAGAAGAGAAUAGUAUCUUCGGAGCCACCCUCUGUGGAAAAUGAGUCUGUGCCCAUGGACCCACAAGAGGACAAGGUGUUGAUUGGCACUCCCAUUAAUUUACGGAGAACCUUCAGCAAACCCAUACAACCCCCAGCACCACAACCCCCAGCACCACAAAAUAUUGAAGCAGAGGAAAAGAAAAAGGAACCCAAAGCCACAGAAAAUGUGGUCAUUAUGCAACCGGCCACCCUGAUACCCCUGCCCGUGACCACAGACAUCUAUGGCCUACAAAAUGCCAUAGGAAAUCUGCAAAUUGCCACAUAUUUCAUGCAGCAACAACUUCAACCCCAUACAGCCAAUACGGAUACGGAUUUUUCCAAAACAACCGGCGGAGCUUUUACUCAGAGGACAGAUACGUCAAUUUGUACAGAGGAGGGCUAUCAGCCACCUGAAACUCCAAGGACAGUGACGGAAAGUCGCCAAAGUAAUCAGCAUAAAUACACUCAGGUGGAGGAGAUUGUGGAGGAUGUGGAAGAGCAGCAGCAACAGCAGAAUGAAAUGGCUUUGAUUCCCCUCCAGCAGCAUCCCAAGCAGCUGGAGAGUGAAGAGUCUAUGGAGGAGUUAGUGAAGGAUGAAAAUGUCGCCAAACAUUGCCAGGAUGUGGAAACCCAAACUGAGUUGCCUUUGAAUUGCGAUCUCUGUUUGUUCCAUGACAAUUUCUAUAAAGUCCUUCUAAAACGGGAGGUAUCCACCACCACAACGACCCAGACGUCCAAGACCAAUAAACCUGCCAAGGAAACGGAAAAGGAUCAAGAAACCACAACCACCACGACGACCACCACUACCACAACUUUCAAGGCCAAAUCUAAGGAUAAGGAUAAGAAACGCCAUGGCAAGGAGGGCCAUAACAAAAUCGAUGAACGACCCAAGUGGGGUGUCAAUCGGCCCGUGGUCCAAUAUGUCAAGGCCAGCGAUAGGGACCCAUUUUGUUUGCGCAACAAAAAGAAACAUUGCAAUACCAUGGGUCCAAAGCCCUCCCGGUCCCAAUCCGUGGAUUCACGCUUAGAUUGCAAUGGCAAUAAUGGUCCAGAGCCGCAUCACAACAAGGCCAAGGACCAUGAGAACGGCCGUGAUCGUGAAAGUUCCGGCGAAAAGGAGGGUUUCAUGCUCAAGGCUCGUAAUGUCUGUACCGAAAUUCUGCCCAUUAAAACCGAUGAGAAGGGUAGGAUUUUUCUCAACUUUCGUGAGGCCAGUGCCAUAAUGAAUGAAGAUGAGAUUAAGGAUAAGCUGAGGCAGAAGUAUUUUAAUUUCGGACGCAUUUUGCCAAGGCGUAGCUGGGCCUCGGCCAGCCAUAAUGGUGGGGCUGGUGGAGGAGGUUCUGUCAUGAAUUAUGCAAUUUCCCAGGUGGGCGAUAUAAAUGGUGACUAAGCAAAUGGGGGAUGGAGGAAAAUUAUUAUAAAGAACAUUUUUGUAGUUGUAUUUGUAAUAAAGUAACCAAAAACACACACACACAAA